AUGCGCAUGCUCGCGCAGGAAGAAGAGAACGACGAUGGUACCGAUGUCUCCUGGGAGGACCAGCAGCGUAUCAACACGUUCUCGAAGCUCAAUUCGCGCGUGCGGUCGAUAGAGGAACGGCGCGAGGAGCUGAAGCAAGAAAAAGAGGCGCUGGACGAUCUUGCGAUGGAGCUCGAGCUCGCAGACGAAGACGAGCCUGUUCUCUACAAGGUCGGCGAAGCCUUCCUCCACAUGCCGCACGCGCGCGCGACCAAACGCCUCGAACACGACCAAGCACAGCUCGACGCGGAGCUCUCUGCGCUCAGUGCGCGGGCGGAGGCGUGUGAGACGGAGAUGAAGGAGCUGAAGGUCAUGUUGUAUGCCAAGUUUGGCCGUGCGAUCAAUCUAGACGAGUGA